AUGAAGCUCAAGGAGAUUCAGCGCUUGGAGCUGCCGCCAUCGGCGGAUAUGCACCUCAUGGACUUGGUUGUCCCGAGCAUCCGCAAAGGAGGCGUAGAUACCGUUUUCGUCAUGCCGAACUUGCAACCCCCGGUCACUACCGUGGCUCAGGCUCUGGAGUACAAGUCCAAGCUCCAGGCUCUUGACCCUGAGGUGACCUACCUCAUGUCCUUAUAUCUCCACCCCUCAGUGACCCCCGCCGUCAUCUCGGAAGCCGCCGCAGCGGGCAUCACCGGCGUCAAGAUGUACCCGCAGGGCGUGACGACCAAUUCCGAGGCCGGUGCCGGCGCCGACUUCCUCGAGGCCUUCUCGUCCGUCUUUGCCGAGAUGGAGCGCCACGACAUGGUUCUCAACCUUCACGGCGAGGUGCCGGGUGUCGCCCCCUCGGAGGACCUCUCGCUCGAGGAGGCCUUCCUGCCUGAGCUCCACCGCCUGCACGCAAAGUUCCCCAACCUCAGGGUCGUCCUGGAGCACUGCUCGACCGCGGCUGCCAUUGAUGCCGUCAAGGCCUGCGGGCCGACUGUUGCUGGUACCAUCACGGCCCACCACCUAUACCUGACGGGUGACGACAGCGAAGUCGACCCGCACGCCUUCUGCAAGCCGAUCCCCAAGAAGCCCAAGGACCGGGACGCGCUCCUCAAGGCCGCAGCCAGCGGCGACCCCAAGUUCUUCUUUGGAAGCGACUCGGCCCCUCACCUCCUGCCGACCAAGUCCAACAAGCCUGCUCCGGCCGGCGUCUUCACGCAGCCGUUUGCCACGCAGCUGGUCCUGCUCGCGCUCGAGGCCGCCGUCGAGCGCGGCGCCGUCGACGAGGCCGACGUCACGCAGGAGCACCUGGAGCAGUUCCUAAGCCGGGCCGGCCGGCGCUUUUACAAGCUGCCCGAGCCGGCGCCCGGGAGGAUCGUGCUCGAGAGGAAGGGCGACAAGAUCCCCGCCAGCAUCAAGAGCGACGACGGUGCCGUCGAAGUCGGCAUUUCCAAGGCCGGCGCUGACGUCUUCACUCUGCAGUGGGUUUAA